AUGAAAGACAUCAUCACUAAGAGAGGGAAAUAUAUAGAUAGCGAGAACAUUGUAGUAGGAGGAAACUGUAGCACGAUCAUUCAAAGGAAGCUACCUAAAAAGUUCAAGGACCCCAGAAGUGUUACCAUCCCAUGCACUAUAGGGAAAGAAACGGUCGAUAAAGCCCUCAUUGAUCUAGGGGCAAGCAUCAAUUUGAUGCCUUUAUCAAUGUGUAGACGAAUUGGGAAUCUAAAAAUUGAUUCCACUAAGAUGACACUUCAAUUGGUAGACCACUCAAUUACGAGACCAUACGGGGUGGUAGAAGAUGUCCUGGUCAAGGUUCGCCACUUCACUUUUCCGGUGGACUUUGUUAUCAUGGACAUCGAUGAGGACACAAAAAUUCCCCUUAUCUUAGGCAGACCCUUCAUGUUGACUGCCAACUGUGUGGUAGAUCUAGGGAACGGAAGCUUGGAACUGAGUAUUGACAGUCAGAAGAUAACUUUCGACCUCUUUAAAGCAAUGAAAUAUCCACGGGAAGGUUGGAAGUGCUUCAAGAUAGAAGAGAUUGACAAGGACAAUAAUGUCAAUAUUCUGGAUACACCACACACUUCACUGGAGAAGGCAAUAGUAAAUAAGAUGGACUGUCUCACCAGUGAAGAAGAAGAGGAUCUCAAGGCUUGCUUGGAAGACUUGGAUCGGCAAGAAAUCAUUCCUGAGAAAGAAGCCUGUUUUGAGAUAUUAGAGAAUGAGGCUCUGCCAGAGAAAAAGAAGGUUGAAUUAAAGGUAUUGCCUAAGCAUUUAAAGUAUGUGUUCCUGGAGGGUGACACCAAACCUGUAGUAAUUAGUAAUGCACUAACACAGGAAGAAGAGAACAGGUUGGUGGACAUCCUGAGGAAGCAUAAGGAGGCAAUCGGAUGGCAUAUAUCUGACUUGAAGCGAAUCAUUCCUUCAUACUGCAUGCAUAAAAUAAUGAUGGAGGACGUUUACAAGCCUAUUCGACAACCUUAG